AUGCCGUUCCUGCGCCGUCGCGGCGUCAUGGCUAGCGAAAAUGACAUGCGACGACAUACCUUUAUUGAACCCGACCCCCCGUCUCAGUCGGGUCUGGCUCCUUUCAAGCCCAAGCCAUCAGCUCCGCGCAAGUCGCUUGGCAACGAUCUUCUCGAUCCCAACGCAGCAGCAAAUGGCCACAGACGGACUUCGGUCGACAGCUUCACAGCCGCAAACGGCGCCACCGAUCCAGUCAAUGGGGAGAGAAGCAGGACAGAUGACACCACCAACGACGAGAACAACUCGUUCGAAUCAAAUAUGCCUUCGCUAUCUACGUCCAUGUCCAUCGGCCGUCCGAGUGAAGACCCAUUCGACCGUCCAGAAUCCCCGCCGAUCCAGGAGGAAACACCCAAGCACCGUCGUUUCUCCAUGUUGAGGUUCCGGAAUGCAUCUGACUCGCAACUGUCCUUGCGGAUGAGGCAACAACAGCUGGCCGAGAAGCCGCCGCCAUUACCAACACAGCCCCCUGCAAUAAUCACAACUGCUCCCACCAUCGAUUCCAGCAAGAGUCCCAAGAAGUCUCGUAUGAAGCUCCCAAUCAAGAUUCGUCGUUCCGGCGAAUUGCCAAGACCCAGCCAGGAUGGAGGCCACUUGGGCGUUGGUCUUGGCAAGAAGGAUAGGAGAAAAUCCAUGGCCGGUGUAGUGGAAGAGGUUCUAGAAGCCCGUAACAAACAAAAUGUGUCGUUUCAAGACUCCCGGCCGCGACCAUAUAGCUCGAAGUCACACCCAGGACCACGCAACACCGACCAAGGAAAUUCUGCACUAUCUUUACCUGCAAAUCGCCUCUCUGAGUCAGAGAGGUCCGAGGCUAGCUCGGGGGAACACAGUGGUGGCUUUGGCAAUACGGCUCCUGUGACGAAUACCAGCUCGACAAGCAGCAACAUAUUUCGCCUCGGCCGCCGGAAACACAAACAGCCAGAACCAAUGUUUCCUCUGGCACAUCUCCCACAGCAGCGGAAGAAUUCUACCUUACAGCCCACAAUAUCGAACACGUCCUUGAGUAAUGUGCCAGCUACAAGCACGCAACGACCUUCAACAGGCAAUGGACGUUACACUCCCGUCGCAUCGCCCUCGUUCGGCUCGUCAAGCAGAGCUCCCGGAUCACCUGCUACGGCCCUGUUUCGCCCCGGGUCACGGAACUCGGGCCAGGGCUCGCCAACGCGAGCUCAACUUGGUUUGCGAGAGAGAUCAUCCACAAUGAGUUCCUUGGGCAGGAACUCAGAGGAUCAUCCGUUCCCCGGAACUGCACGUACUUCAACCUCAAUUGGUCGUAAAAGCUUUGGUGAUCUUUUGGGACUCGGUCGAUUGCGCAACAAUCCUGAUCUUGGCCGCCCUGGCAAUUUGACUCCAGCCACACCAGGGUCGCUCACAUCAAAAAACAACUCGCUACAACUUCCGAGAGAACGAGAAUCGGUUGUGCUACCAGAGCGGCGCGAAGACGAUACCCCAGCCAAAUACCUCGCGCGUCUGGAAGACGUACUGAACCGCGGAGUGAUCGCCAGCGCACUAUCCAAGGGAUCAGACCCUUGGUCUGCCUCCGUACUACGGAGUUACAUGCGGACGUUUGGGUUUUUUGAGCAGCCCAUGGACAUGGCCAUAAGAAAGCUACUUAUGGAAGCCGAAUUGCCCAAAGAGACACAGCAAAUUGAUAGGUGCCUGCAAGCUUUUGCGAAUAGAUACCACGAGUGCAACCCAGGAAUCUACUCAAGCCCCGACCAAGCCUAUUUCGUGGCAUUCUCGCUUCUCAUUCUGCAUACCGACGUAUUCAACAGGAACAACAAGUACAAGAUGCAGAAGGCGGAUUACCUCAAGAAUACCCGAGGCGAGGGGAUAUUUGAUGACGUACUUGAGUGUUUCUACGAUAACAUUACGUAUACCCCCUUCAUUCAUGUCGAGGAUGACUUUGACAUCAACGGGGAUCCAGUAGCCGGCAACAAGACGAAAAAGAAGGUCAUGUUUCCUAACGGUGCGACAGAGGCUCCGAAAAGAGCUAGAGACCCGAUAGAUCCAUACACCCUAAUUCUUGAUGGCAAACUUGACACACUGAGGCCACCACUAAAGGAUCAAAUGCCACUGGAAGAGCACUACAACUACAUCGGUACCGCCAAAGAGUUGAAUAUCAAAGAGCUCCAGAAGACUUUCUUCAAGACCGGUGUGUUACAAAUCGUGUCGGCGCGGUCUAGGCCUGACGCGUUCAUGACUGAAAAGACAUUAUCCAAUCCUCAGGAAGCUGAACCUGGCAUCGUGGACAUCAAAGUCACCAAAGUGGGCACAUUGUGGAGGAAAGACGCCAAGAAGAAGAAGACGAGAUCGCCAUGGCAAGAAUGGGGUGCUAUCCUGACCGGUGCGCAGCUUUACUUUUUCCGCAAUACGGCCUGGGUCAAGAGUCUCGUCCACCAAUACGAAACACAUGUCAAGUCCGGCAACGACGGCAUCCCCCUGAUCUUCAAACCACCACUGGAGAGUUUCAAGCCAGACGCGCUUAUGUCUACUGAGGGAGCGGUUGCACUAUUUGACCAGUCAUAUAAGAAACACAAGAAUGCGUUUGUCUAUGUCCGCCAUGGUGGCUUUGAAGAGGUCCUCCUCGCCCAUGAUGAGGAUGAUAGAAAUGACUGGCUCGCAAAACUCAAUUAUGCCGCAGCCUUCAGGACUUCAGGUGUGCGUAUGCGUGGCGUAGUCGGGGGGAACCUCGAAGGGCAGGGGCGCCGCGCAAUUCGGAGAUUGGACAGCAGCGAGGUGACGCAGGUGAUUCAGACUCCAACAGGGGAGGUCAGCAUCAACAGGAGUCGCAUCGACCAUCAAAUGGCACAUGACAUCCUAGCUGCUCGUCGCUUCAUGAUGAGCGAGCGGAUAGCCGAGGGCGAGGACAAGCUGCAAGCUGCGCAGAAGCAGCUGGAUGAUCAGCUGAGAAAUGCCAGGCAUUUACUUCUGCUGGCACCGAUUCAGGAGAAAACUCGCGAACAAGUGCGAACAGGUGCUGCCAAGAUCAUUGCCCAGCUCAGGUGGUCCCGCACCGAGAUCUGGCGCCUCAAAUGCCAUAUGGACAUUCUCCUCUUGGACCUGGAAGAGGAUAAACACAUCAAUGGCGACCUUGAAGAUUCCGAGCACGAACCUUCAGUAGCGUCUGACGGUCCAUCACUAAAGCACAAAGAAUCCUUAGCAAGCUCCCAUAACACAAUGCAGCAAAGUCCCCGCGCCCCCGCGCCCCUCUCGUUGGCGCUGGCUUCAGGAGAUGUUGCCCAGAACGACGGAGAAUCGCCCAUGACCGAGGUCUUCCAAACGCCACCCACGAGUGCCACAACCCCAGUCUUCCCAAAACCGCAACCCACCCUAGGAUCGACGCAGCCUCACAGCGAGACUACCAAGCCUAGAAAGGCAUCGGUGUCGAGCGCGGCGUCCAGUGCAAUGGCUGCGAUGUCACCACCGAGGCAGAUAUCUAGCCCAGGCUCCGAUCCUGAGAGAACGCCAUACGAUGAGCUCAAUGAGGAAGACGCGAACGAACGACAGGUCCUUGAGCAAGCUGGAUUGUUGGAUACUCAGCUUUCCAGAACCUCAGACAGACCAGGAUCCUCUAGGGGCGAGGAUACGCCGGAGCGCCAUAAGCGCAGUAGCAUUUCUGCAUCCGACAAGGAUCGGACAGAACGCAGCAAGAUACGACGGAGUCUCCAGAGGACUUUGCGAGAAAGUACUGGCCAUCUUGCGCACCAUCGUAGCAAGAAAGGUCACGACUCGGCUUCCAGUGGUGCCAUCGCUGAUGACAUGGCUCGGGACGAUGUACUUACCCGUGGUACAGGAAGCUUUACUUUGCACGGCAAGAAGGCAUCUGUCGUCAACUUUGGCUCAGAUUUGCAGGGCAUGUCUUCCAACGAGCAUAUCCGCCAGCGGAAGCAACCCCUUUCGGAAGAGUUGACAACGUCGCCACUUAGCGCCGAUGACGACGCGGAAUCUAUUCUCGGGGCCAUGUCCUUGACGAAGGAAAGAAGAGAAUCGGCUGCCAGUGCAAGCACUGCCACGGCUAGAUCCUUCCGCGAGCUGCACCGGAAAUACUCGUCGGCGCAGAAUGCCCAUCGGGUAGCCUCAGGUGGUCUGGUCGUGCCGUCUGAUGAUGAUAGCGAUGCCGCCGUCAGCUUCUCUGAUGGUCGACGCACUCCUCUGCCACCAGUUGAAGAUGGGUCUGGUGAUGAUGACGAUUUGUCGGCACGGCGUGCGCGGGCGCAGUCAAAGCAAUCCGUCUACUUCACGCCGGAACCACCAAGCUCGCCAGUGGAAGAAGUUUCCGAAGACGAGGACGAGGAUGAUGAAGAAGAAGCUGGUACGCAGCAUGCACACGAACACGAACGGUUCAGUCCUCCGGCGCAAAGCGUCGGUGCUUGA